AUGGAUGCUCUGCAGCAGCGCUCUGUUCCCUUUAGUGCCAUAACAAAUAGCAGCAGUUGUGGCACACCCAGUGAAAGUGGAGACAGCCAUCAAAUCAAAUUCACCCAUAAAGAAGGUUGUACACCUACAGCUUGUGCAUGCGUCAUUCUUGCAAUCCUUUUCGUGUCUCUAGGAGCUGCUGCUGGAGUUUAUUUUGGACUUCAAUUCCUGGACAUAGGAAAAAGAAAUGAACGAGUCUACAAAGGCAGUUUUGUAAUUGUUGGGGGGGACAAGUACACCUCUAGCCUCUCUGACACCCUUUCUGAUGACUUCCAGGAAAAAGCUCAGGCCUACAAAGCGAGGCUGGACAAGCUGUACAACAACAGUGUAUACAAAAAUGCCUUUUUGCAGUCAGAAAUUUUAGCGUUAAACAAAAAAGACGAGGAGAAGAAUCUUAUUGUUCAUUUCAACCUACAUCUAUCACCUGAACAAGUUGGACUGAGUGCUGCGGAUUUGUACGUCAUUUUAUCAGAAGAAGUAAUGAGGUCAAAAACAGGUGCUUUCCGAGACAUAGAAAUUGAUCAAGAUUCCAUCCAAAUUCAAGAGCGAAAACCACCUGUUGAUGAUGCACUCGAUCGAUGGGUUCCGAGACGUCAGUAUCCAGGUUACGUUGAGGGAUUAACGACAACUCCAAGCUCCGUUAUGGCUCGUAUAGUACCUCGCCAAUGCACGAGUACAGAAAUACCAUUUUGCACCAUUUUGCCGUACAACACAACAUCUUAUCCUAAUAUUGUUAGACACAACAACUUAUCUGAAGUACUAAAUGACAUGGUGACCUUCAGGCAAAUCUUGGAUUUUGAAUGCUAUCCUCUCGCACAGGAGUUUGUGUGCCAGUUGUUGCAACCUGACUGCCAAGGAAAUGAUAUCAUCAUGCCUUGCAAAGAGUUUUGUGAAGAUUUCUGGAGGUCAUGUAAGAAGUUGCUCCCGAAGAAAGUAAUUGACAAAAUUGAUUGCUCAAAGUUCCCUAAAUUCAGUGGCCAUGGGACAUGUCACCAAAAACCAGGUUGUUCAAAUGAAUUGAAAGCUCGAGGUAUGUCAGACAGAAUUUGUGAUGGCAUUGUAGACUGUAAAGACUCUUCCGAUGAAAUAGAUUGUGAUUACUGUAAGCCAGGUCAGUUUAUUUGUGGCGACCGACAAUGCGUGGAUAAAGAUCGAAGAUGUGAUCUUCGAGAAGACUGUCUGAAUGGUAUCGACGAGAGAAACUGCAUGUCCAUUAGUCCCAGUGAUUGGGGAUCCAAGGAAAGUUACUACACUUACAGUAAUUCGGGAUUCCUUCUUUAUUCUGAUUCCGGAGAAAUCUCCCGGAUUUGCUCCGAGAAUCUCAAUUACAGUCUCCCAGCAACUCGACGUGAUAUUGUACUCCAGAGCUUGGCUGUAUCGACUUGCUCGGCUCUUAACUUCGAGGUCACUGAAAACGUGGAAAUGAGGAAGGAUACAAAUGCUGUAGCUGCUGAUUAUGUUCAACUCUUGGAUCCCCUUGCAUCAAGUGUAACAUUUGUGCAAGUGUCUUGUGACAGUCAAAAUGUUGUUUACGUCAAAUGUGGUGCAAGUGCUUGUGGACUACGACCUGCACACUCAGCAAGAGUUGCAAGAAAUUUUAAUCUCAAUCUACCAGAGGGAAGAUUCGGCGCGGUACACGGACAAUGGCCUUGGCACGUUGCACUUUUCAAAAAUGGAGAACAUGUUUGUGACGCAACUCUGAUAUCCGACGACUGGGUAUUGACUUCAACUUCUUGCUUUGAAGGGGAUCCGCAUGCUAUAUGGACAGCUCGCCUGGGCGUUGUUCGCCUAACGUCUAGUUCACCAUUUGAUCAAGAAUCUCGAAUAACUGGAAUGGUAAAAUCCCCCAUAAGUUCUGGAGCUGUUUCUCUGUUGAAGUUGGAAAGGUCUAUCAAUGGUUCGGAUUACGUAAGACCUUCCUGUCUUCCAAGUCACAAUUACUCAUUAACAGGAAUACCUUGCAACACGCUGCGAUGGAGCAUUCGAAAAAACCAUCUUUUCGAAGUUAAGUUGACUCUGAGUGGCAACAACUGUACUGAUGAAGUAGAUAAUGCGACGUCGACGAAUUCGAGGGUAAUUUGUGCUGCUGAAAGUGAAGUAAUGGAAGAUGAAGAGUGCCAGGGGGAUGAAUCUGAAGGGAGUCCAUUGCUCUGUAACAUCAAUGACAAAUGGUAUGUACUUGGAGUUAGUAACCAAAAAGUAACUUGUCCAAGCUCGAACAAGAGACGCCGAUUUCAUCAUACCUUCGAGCACGUCCAGUGGAUACGUCACACUCUUGAAUCGCUGAAAGGUCAUUAACUUUCAUGACACAGUGGUUGGACAAAUGUGGCUCAUUUUAUUCAUUACCUAUGCGAUCGGAACCAAUUUAAAAGUAAUUGCGUUUACACAAAAGCUGAAAC